AUGGGGUUUGAAGGGCCUGCUUCGCUAGUAGCAAUCCAUGUGAUAGGAUUUAAAAAAUUUCAUGGAGUAGUGGAAAAUCCAACUGAGACAAUUGUUAAUAAUCUUCAAGAUUACAUGAAGGAAGGGAGAUUUCCAAAAGGGCUAAUCCUUGGUAGUUGCACAAUUCCUGAAACUACGGGACAGGGUGCUCUUGUUCCCUUAUACCAAACAUUGCAAUCUUCUGUGAUUAAGGAUGGAACUGUGAUGAAUUCUGGGAGAGUUAUUUGGGUGGCAUUGGGAAGUUCUUUUGCCUAUUUGAGAGAAAGUAGUGAUACUCAUCCUUCAUAA